AUGGCACCAACAAAAGGAAGACCAAACACACGUGCUGAAGCACGAGUUGCUCGCUCUAAUAUUAAGAAAAAGGAGGCCCAGCUACAUGCUGCCGUUCAAUGGUGCAGAGAAAAUAAUGCAAGGGGUCAUGCUGCCCUGAAGACAGGGCUUUUCAAUUUGAUAAAGAGCAGAAGCACAAUUGACAAUCGACUUGAUGGCAAAAUUAUAACUGGGUGUGAGAAGCCGUAUUGCUGUAUACUCACACACUUGGAAGUAGAGUCCGUUGUCAGAUUUGUCAAGAAUAAGAACCGUUGUCUGCAAGGAAUCAACAAGAAACAAUUGACAAACUUGAUUCUAGACAUUCUCAAGAUUCGAGACUAUGGAAACAAGAAAUUAAAGGGAGGAAGGCGCUACACAAACCUGUCAGUGAAUGCUAAGAGGGCUCUUCAAAACAAAAAGUCGAGUCGAUCAUUUUGGAAGAGGUGGGAUGCAAAGCAUGAUGAUUUACGAAUGAAAAGACAGGGUACUGGGACCAUGAAUAGAGCAAUGAACUGUACACGUGACAUGGCUUCCUCUCAUCUUGAUGCUUUGGCGAAGGAGUUAAUUGAUGCCGGCAUCUUUACCAACACCAAGCAUGUUGCACCUGGGGUGUGGACUGGGCAAAUCAAUACCAGCAGAGUGUUUAACCAUGAUGAGACACAACAAUUCAUAAACUAUGAUGUUGAUGGUACACCAAAUGGGCUUGUUUAUGCCGGACAUGGUGAGUCUUGUAAACGAAUGAUAAACGAGAACCGUGAAUGUGUAACCAUUAACCCGGUGGUUUCUGUGUCAGGGUUUGUUUGCGUUUGCCAAGUUAUUUUUGGCACAACAGGCAUCACAGAUCUCAUGGCUCCAAAAACAGUCGUUGAGAAGAUUGACAACUUAUUGAUAUCAACGACAGACAACGGGUGUCAGGACCAUACGUCACUACUGGCUUGCUACAAGUUGUUCGACAAGUAUCUUGAUAAAGAAAACAUUGAGCGACCUGUUGUUCUUACGAGUGAUGAAGUCUUGAAGUUCAGCCUUGAGAAAAAGAUCCGCCUGUUCAUCUCUCCACCAGACACAACAGGGGUCACACAACUUUUAGAUCAAUGCAACAAGAUCAUUCAUCUAGAGUAUAAAGUUGCAAAGGCCGGCCUUUUUACACCGACGAUGAAAGUUAAUAGAGAAGGGUUUAUGUUGUCAUUGGCUAACAUGUGGGAUAAAUGGGCAACGCCGACGCUCAUUCGAAAGGCUGCAAAGAGGGUUGGCAUUUCAGCAGGAGGGCUAAAUAUCAAUGACAUGCAACAGGAUAAAUUUGUUCAAGCUGCAAACCUUGUGGAGUGUGAAAGGUCAGAAAACACACCUACACCCUCGUCUUCAGACAACGCACCUUCUUCCACCACCACACCUGCAUCACCAAACCAUCUUCGAAAAGGGUCUGCCGCAUACUGGAAGGCAAAGUUUGAGAUGGCUGAGCAAACCAUUCGUGAUUGCGACGAGAAAAGUGUACGUUUAGAGAAUAGUCCUGGUCUCUUGAGGAUUCAGAAAAUCAAUCCGAAACAGGCAUCAAAAUCUACACGAGUCACACAAGUUCAUGGGUCGAUGGAAGGGAAGGAGGUCAUCAAAGUGGUCAAGAGAAUCAACGAGGAUAAGCAAAAAAACGUUGCAGUUGAACCAGGACAAGAUGAAAGCAAAGGAAAAAGAGAAAGAGGACUUCUACCGAUGCAAAAGAAAAUGUGUGUGCACACUGCAAAGAACAUAAAUGUCCGGCUACAGACUUGAAGGAAUGCCCAUCAUGUCACUCUAUUUUACGCUCCAUUUGCAGCAAGGCCUGUUGCAAAAUAAAUGGCAAGAAACCAGAAAUGAUAUUACCAGCUGCUGCUGUGAACAAGAAAAAGUCGAAAUGAUGUUGCUAACACUGAGUACAAUGAAGGGUAAUCUUGUCAUUGUUAACGCCGUGAAACUAACUUCUAAAAAAUAGGUACCGGCUUUCGUUAGAUAUGCUGU